AUGGCUCGCUUGCUACUUCAGUCAUACAGGUCACAGAUGGUGGGGUUUCUUGAGGAGUUUGAUCAUUACUCUUCCUUGGCCAAACUCAUGUCAAUCUACCAAGCAACCAACAGGACCAACUUCAACUGGACAGACAGCCGCAUUGUCGAGUGGGAGAAAUUUGCCGAGCUGGCUAAAUAUGAGCCGGAAUCCCAGAAACCAGCAGUGAAAGCUCUCCUAAUCGUGGCGUACUCGGUCAUUAUCAUCAUGUCUCUCUUUGGGAACAUGCUGGUGUGCCACGUGGUGCUGAAGAACAAGAGGAUGCACUCAGCCACCAGCCUUUUCAUCGUCAACCUGGCAGUGUCUGACAUUAUGAUCAUGCUGCUCAACACGCCUUUUACCCUGGUUCGGUUUGUGAACAGCACGUGGAUCUUUGGAAAGGCCAUGUGCCACGUCAGCCGCUUCGUGCAGUACUGCUCCCUCCAUGUCUCCACGCUGACCCUGACGGCCAUCGCCCUGGACAGGCACCAGGUCAUCCUGCACCCGCUGAAGCAGAGGAUGUCACUAACGAAGGGAGCGCUGAGCAUCUCUGUUAUCUGGCUGAUGGCAACCUGUUUCUCCCUACCCCAUGCCAUCUAUCAAAAGCUUUUCCAGUAUAACUACAGGGAAGCCACUGUCCGGAGUUUGUGCCUCCCCGAUUUUCCUGAGCCUGCAGAGCUGGUCUGGAAGUAUCUGGACCUGUCUACCUUCCUCCUCCUUUACCUCCUGCCUCUGCUAAUCAUCACUGUCACCUAUAUACGCCUGGCCAAGAGGCUGUGGCUCCGCAAUGCCAUUGGAGACAUCACCACACAGCAGUAUAUCACCCACCACAAGAACAAGAAGAAGAGCAUCAAGAUGCUGAUGCUGGUGGUGGUGGUCUUUGCUGUCUGCUGGUUCCCUCUCAACUGCUACGUGGUGCUCAUCUCCAGUCUAGGCAUCAAGACAAAGAACUCCCUCUAUUUCGCCCUGCACUGGUUCGCCAUGAGCAGCACCUGCUACAACCCUUUCAUCUACUGCUGGCUGAACGAGAGCUUCCGCUCGGAGCUCAAGUCCCUGCUCUGCAUGUGCCAGAAGGUGCCUCAGACUCAGGACAACAUGCUGCCGCCCGUGGUCACGUCCUGCCACGAGGUGUGGAUGGAGCAGGCCAGGUACAGGAAGGGACCCGCCUCGCAGACCAUUUGCUCCACCGUAAAUAUCCAGACGGCCAACACAGACCUGUGA